CAAUGUCAAAGCUUGUCAAAUUUAACCAAACUCCAAACAGCGGCCACAUAAGUUUCAUCAACAAUAUUUAUUCUAAUAUUUAAUUUGUGGCUCAGAAAAUUUUUAUUUUGAAUUCGUAUAAACUGUGGCGAAUAUUUUUCCAGGAUGAAUAUUACAUCCGCAGCGGGAGUGAUCUCCCUGUUGGAGGAGCCACGUCCAGAGCUCAAAGUUUUUGCUCUGAAGAAACUCGAUACUAUAGUAGAUGAAUUUUGGCCUGAAAUAUCUGAAGCCAUUGAGAAAAUUGAAAUACUUCAUGAGGACAAAGUAUUCCAACAACAUCAACUUGCUGCUUUAGUAGCAAGUAAAGUUUAUUAUCACUUAGGAUCAUUUGAGGAUUCUUUGACAUAUGCACUUGGAGCUGGUGAUCUCUUUGAUGUCAAUGCAAGAACUGAAUAUGUUGAAACAUUACUUGCCAAGUGUAUUGACUACUACACUCAGCAGAGGAUUGCCCUUGCAGAGGGUUCUCCAGAUGCUAAACCUAUUGAUCCAAGACUGGAAGCUAUAGUUAACAGAAUGUUUCAAAGGUGUUUGGAUGAUGGACAGAAUCGUCAAGCUAUGGGUUUAGCUUUAGAGACAAGAAGAAUGGACAUUUUCAAUGCUUCCAUCACCCAAGCUGAGGAUAUUACUGGCAUGCUUUUCCAUGCUUUUCAAGUUGUGAUGAGUCUUAUUCAAAACAGAGGAUUCAGAAAUACAGUACUAAGAUCAUUAGUUGGAUUAUACAGGGGACUUCCCAAUCCAGAUUAUGUAAAUAUGUGUCAGUGUCUCAUCUUUCUCGAAGAUCCACUUUCGGUAGCUGAAAUUCUAGAUAAAUUAGUUCAAGCAGACGAAGAGAGUCAAUUGAUGGCAUAUCAAAUAGCUUUUGAUUUGUAUGAAUCUGCCACACAACAAUUUCUGGAACAGGUAUUGACUGCUCUUAGGAAAACGGCACCGAUACCAACACUUUUAGAGGAAAAAUUCAAACCGAAAAUUAUCGAAUCAGUUCCACAAAGGAUAAUCACGGCAACAGAUGCCGAAGAACCCAAACCCGAGGUUAAAGAAGAGAAAUCGUUAGAAAAUUUGGCCGAUAAAGAGAAAGAGCACCAAAGUAGGAUAGAAAAAUUACAUACUAUACUUUCUGGUGAAGUUUCCAUCGAGCUUCAUCUACAAUUUUUAAUCCGUUCCAAUCAUGCCGAUCUCCUCAUAUUGAAACAAACGAAAGAAACUGUCAGGGUUAGCAUCUGUCACACCGCCACAGUCAUAGCCAAUGCGUUUAUGCACAGUGGUACUACGAGUGAUCAGUUUUUGAGAGACAACCUGGAAUGGUUGGCCAGGGCUACCAACUGGGCGAAACUCACAGCCACAGCCUCUUUGGGUGUCAUCCACAGAGGUCACGAGCAGGAAGCUCUCACCCUAAUGCAGAGCUACCUGCCGAAGGAGGUGGGGCCCAGUUCUGGAUACUCAGAAGGCGGCGGACUUUACGCCCUAGGUCUGAUUCAUGCCAACCACGGUAACAACAUCAUCGACUAUCUGCUCACCCAACUGAAGGAGGCCCAGAACGAGAUGGUGAAGCAUGGAGGAUGCCUAGGGUUGGGUCUUGCAGCCAUGGGUACACAUCGUCAUGACAUUUACGACCACCUCAAGUUCCUUCUAUAUCAAGACGAUGCUUGUACGGGAGAAGCCGCUGGUAUUGCCAUGGGUAUGGUCAUGUUGGGCUCCAAGCACGAUGCAGCUAUUUUGGAAAUGGUUGGAUAUGCGCAAGAAAGUCAGCACGAGAAGAUCUUGCGUGGUCUCGCUGUGGGUAUUGCUUUCACAAUGUACGGUCGCCUUGAAGAGGCUGACCCUCUGAUCCAGCAGCUCAUGUCCGAUAAGGAUCCCAUUCUCAGAAGAUCAGGCAUGUAUACACUUGCCAUGGCCUACUGCGGAACGGGACACAACAAGGCGAUUAGGAAAUUGCUCCAUGUUGCGGUCUCCGAUGUCAACGAUGACGUCCGUAGAGCAGCAGUUACAGCCUUAGGUUUCCUUCUAUUCAGAACACCAGAGCAAUGCCCAAGCGUGGUCUCGCUGUUGGCCGAGAGCUACAACCCCCACGUGCGCUACGGAGCCGCUAUGGCCCUGGGUAUCGCGUGCGCCGGUACCGGUCUCAGAGAGGCCAUAGCCCUCCUGGAGCCGAUGAUGAUCUUCGACUCCGUCAACUUCGUCAGACAGGGAGCUCUGAUCGCCUCCGCCAUGAUCCUGAUCCAGCAGACGGAGCAGACCUGCCCCAAGGUAUCGUUCUUCAGGAAGACCUACGCCAAGGUUAUCUCCAACAAGCACGAGGAUGUGAUGGCCAAAUUCGGUGCCAUUCUGGCACAAGGUAUAAUCGAUGCUGGAGGUAGAAACGUAACACUUUCACUCCAGUCCAGGACUGGCCACACCAACAUGUUGGCCGUUGUUGGUACCCUGGUCUUCACGCAAUAUUGGUACUGGUUCCCUCUGUCCCACUGUUUAGCUCUUGCGUUCACGCCCACCUGCGUUGUCGCCCUUAACGCCCAACUUAAAAUGCCCAAACUGGAACUCCGCUCAAACGCCAAACCCAGCACGUACGCCUAUCCAGCUGCGUUGGAAGAAAAGAAGAGAGAGGAAAGGGAAAAGGUCACAACAGCAGUUUUGAGCAUAGCCGCCAGACAAAAACGAAGAGGACACGACAAGAAAGACAAGGAUGAGAAGAUGGAAGUGGAUGAAGAGAAGGACGACAAGAAGGGAGAGUCGUCUAAGACGGAGUCCAAGAAAGAAAGUGAUAAGAAAACCGACGCAAAGAAGACGGAAGAAGAGAAGACGUGCGACGAUAAGAGAUGUCCAGAAAAAGCGGAGAAGAAGGAAGAGAAAGAGGAGAAAAAGAAAGAGACCGAACCUAGUUUCGAGAUUUUGAGCAAUCCUGCCAGAGCUAUGAGGCAACAACUCAAGGUGAUAAGUUUGAACGAGGGUAGUCCAUAUGUGCCCCUGAAAGAUGUUUCUAUUGGUGGAAUUAUCAUGGUCCGUAGUUUGAGGCCUGACGAUGAGGAGUUGGUAGAGCCAGUUGUUGCUUGUGGGCCCAAACCUGAUGAUGACAAAGAGCCUGAUCCACCAGAGCCAUUCGAAUGGAUUGAAAACUAACUCAUAUAAAACAGUAUAUUUAAUUCUCUCGAGAUGUUCACGAUUUAUUCGAAAUAUGUCCCUACUUUUGUACUGAUAAGAUGACAUAUUUGAUAUAUUGUAAUCUCUUGAAUUUUUGUUCUAAUAAAUAUUAAAUAGAAUUUCGUAAAAUUUA